UUUAUUUCCAGGUUCCAAGUAAAAAAGAAACAAUUUUUCCGCAAUUUCAUGACAAUCAUGUUGUUUGGUGCAGCUGGGACAUUAAUCUCAUUUUUCAUAAUUUCCCUUGGUGUAGUUGCAUUGUUCAAGGAAAUGGAUAUUAGCUCAUUGGAUAUUGCUGACUUUCUAGCAAUAGGUGCCAUAUUUUCUGCCACAGAUUCUGUUUGCACCUUGCAGAUUCUUAAUCAAGAUGAAACACCUCUAUUAUAUAGCUUGGUAUUUGACGAAGGUGUCGUUACUGAUGCUACGUCCAUCGUGCUCUUCAACGCAAUUCAAAACUUUGAUCUUGUUCACAUCGAUGCCAUAACCAUAUUGAAAUUUUUGGCAAACUUUGGAUAUCUAUUUCUUACCAGCACCCUCCUUGGAGUUCAGGGUGGACUGCUGGUGCUUAAUUACAUCAUCAAGAAAUUGUACAUUGGGAGGCAUUCUACUGAUAGAGAAGUUGCUCUUACGAUGCUCAUGGCAUACCUGUCAUAUAUGUUGGCAGAAUUGUUGGAUUUAAGCGGCAUUCUCACAGUAUUCUUCUGUGGGAUAGUCAUGUCGCACUAUACCUGGCAUAAUGUCACAGAGAGCUCCAGAAUUACCACCAAGCAUGCUUUUGCAACAUUUUUCUUUCUGUAUGUUGGAAUGGAUGCAUUGGACAUUGAAAAAUGGAGAUUUGUUAGUAGCAGCUUAAAGCACUUCAGCAACAUGCCCUCUGAUCCAUCAACCCGCAAAGCUUUCCUCUGGCAGCUCAUCGAAAAUGGACAUGGCUUGGAAGGUGAAGUAGGUGAACAUAUAGCUCAACCACCCACGGAAGAUUCUUUCUUUAGGUUGUAG